AUGUUCCGCACCGCCGCCGCCUCGCUCGCCCGCUCCGCCGCACCCGCCCUCGCCGGCUCGUCGCGCGCCGCCGCCGCCCGCCCCGCGCUCCGUGCCGCCGCCGCGCCCGCCUUUGCGCGCACGCAGAAGCGCGCCUACCACGAGAAGGUCAUCGACCACUACGAGAACCCGCGCAACGUCGGCUCGUUCCCCAAGGGCGACCUCGAUGUCGGCAUCGGCCUCGUCGGCGCGCCGGCGUGCGGCGACGUGAUGAAGCUGUGCAUCAAGGUCUCGGCCGACGGCAUCAUUGAGGAUGUGCGCUUCAAGACAUUUGGCUGCGGCUCGGCCAUCGCCUCCAGCUCGUACAUGACGGAGCGCGUCAAGGGCAUGACGCUCGAGGCCGCCGGCGCCAUCAAGAACACGGAGAUUGCAAAGGAGCUCAGCCUGCCGCCGGUGAAGCUGCACUGCAGCAUGCUUGCCGAGGACGCCAUCAAGGCGGCCAUCCGUGACUUCAAGUCGAAGCGCGACGCUGCCGUGGCCAAGGGCCAGGCGCCCAAGUCUGGCGUGCGUGCUGCGCGCUCCUCUGCCGCGACCCUGGCUUACACUCUUGCACCUACAGCACAUCGACGUCUCGCAGAGCGUCACGACGGGCAAGGUGAGCAUUGCGCGCUACUCUGGCCGGACCGUCGCUGA